GUCCAUGAUUAGAACACAAUUUGAUACUAAUAUAAAAAUUCUUCGUUCUAAUUCUGGGGGUGAAUAUUUACUAAAAGAAUUUUAAGAAUUUUUGAAGGUUGAGGGUAUUCAGUCUCAGAGGUCAUGUCCUGCUACCCCAUAGCAAAAUGAUUUUGUUGAUAUAUCUCGUUCUUACCAAGAGGCUAUUAGCAUUCCUUGCUGGAAGGAAGCUAUGGAUUCUGAAUUAAGUGCCUUAUUGGAGAAUGAUACUUGGGAUAUGAGUUCUCAUGAUUAUUCCUUGUUCAUGCAUAACUCUCCGCAAGGUGUUACUCUACUUUUGAUUUAUGUCGACGAUAUGCUUAUUACCAGUAGUAAUAAGGAAGAAGUUCACUCAUCUUCUCGAGGUUAUGCGGUGAGUCAAUGGAAGUAUGUUCUGGAUUUGAUCCAAUUUGCAAAUUUAUCUGAUGAUAAAUGUGUUGACACUCCAAUGGAAGUAAAUGUCAAGCUUAGGAAGGAGGAUGGUGAAAAACUCUCUAAUCCUAGCUUUUAUCAUCAACUUGUGCGUCGCCUCCUUUAUCUUACUAUGACUAGACAUGAUAUUGCUUAUGCUGUGCAAGUGAAAACAGUGUCCAAAUCCACUGCUGAAGCUAAAUACCGAGCAAUGUCUUUAGCAUGUAGUGAAUUGACUUGGCUUCGAGGAUUUUUACAGACACUUACUUUUCCUACUCCUCCUUCACCUCUUUAUGCUGAUAAUAUGAGUGUUAUUCGUAUUGCAUCCAAUCCUGUCUUUCAUGAGCGUACCAAGCACAUUGAAGUGGAUUGCCACUUUAUACGGAAUAUGUAUCUUGUAGGUGCCAUUACUCUUCCUUAUAUUGCUUCUACGCAUCAAAUUGCAGAUAUUUUUACAAACAAUGACAACUGCACGACACAAGUUUUUAGUGAGCAAACUAACACUGGUUUCCUAGCCUCAGUUUGAGGGGGAGUGUAGGAAAUGACAUAUUUUGUAAUUUUGUUUUGUAUUAAGGGUUUUUAUGUAACUUUACAUUUUAUAUAACCUAAUAUAAAUAUGCUGCUAAGGGUGAGUAGCUCUGUAAGUUGUUUUGCACCCUCCACUUCCGCCUCACUUUACAUAAAAUAUCAUUAGAGAU